AUGAUUCCACACAACUUUGAAAAAGUCGUGUCCGAGUAUCCCAAAAUCACUGCGCACUUCCACGCCGGCCGCUCUGGCUCCGCUUCUCUGAAUAACUCCUCACACGGGCGGCGCACGAGCCCAGAGCCCAUUGAGAAACAGGUGGCGCCACGGCUCCGCCCCGCGCGCUUUGGAAUGCGGAAGCUUACCAAAUAUGGCAUUCAGGGGCGGAGCCUAGUCUCAAAGGCACCUGUCUGUUUUAAGGCUCCCACUUUGUGUGACGAGCAUGUGUCGUGCUGGAGAGUGGACUGCCGCCUAACAGAUCGCUCAGCCCUCCGGGUGCCCAAACCCCCACCCCUCCUCUCUCACUGCCCCUCAGGUCCCGGGCUUCUGAGGCUAUUUCCUUUUAAAAGCGCCCCAUGCCGCCUCUGGAAACACUACCUCUCAGAGGUGGAACUCAAAGCAGACCCGUCUGUUGUCAUUGCCGGCUGUGUUUUGUGCCGGGCAACUAUGGAUACUCGGCUGCGAGAAUUUUUGAUGGAGCGCAAACUUGAAGAAGAUGUGAUCCAGAAACUUGAAGAUGAGAAUAUUGAUGAAACUGUCAUUCCUUUAAUGACAGACAGUGACCUGGCAAAGUACAUCCCCAAAGUUGGAGAUAGAGUCUCCACUGUGGCCUUCUGCAGACAAGCAACACUGUCACAAAAAUCACCAUCUAGGAAAGAAUCCAUACUCUCAAGGCUACGACAAAGACUGUCUGGAGCUGAGGGGAUGCCUCCAAAAAAGAGAUCAUCUAAGUGGGCGGAAAAUACAAAUGCCAAACGGAAAGUGAGACGAAUUGAGGUUGGCUGGAUGGAUUUUGAUGAGGAGAAGGAGAGGUACAAACAGGUGAAGUCUGUCAGUGGUGGAGGCACGAGGCAUCUGUCUAUUGACAAAGAUGAAACAGUGGCAAAUAUAAAACUUAUGGCUGAAGAUCUUUUUUUCCCCAAUGGCCUUUCAAAAAAAAACAAAUGUCUUUCACACUAUUCAACUCAUAUUGAGAGUUCACAGAUACAUGUUGAUGUGACUCAUACAGUAGAAGAGUUGUAUAGUCAAAGCAAGGUAAAAAUUCUGCGACUUUAUCUGUGCACCAAAAAGAAUACAGGACAGCAGCCCUCAGAAGUGGAGGGUGAUCACGCAAUAAGCCACCCCUCAGUGGUAGAUCUCACUAACAACGAACACAAUCAGGCCGAUGAGGAUCUGUUGGUGGAAAACAGAAAUUCUGAAUCAUAUUUGGAACUAAACGACACAUUAGCAUGGGAUGGUCUGCCAACUGAAGAUUCUGAUGUAGUUUUUAUUUUAAGUGGGGAUGACAUGCUGGAUGUAAAUGUGGAUGAACCAAACCUUGAAACACUCUUUUCAGAAAAAGAGGAUGCUGCACCUCAUCAAACAGUGGAUCUGUCACCAGUGCUUGCAGGAGAGGCCAAUGUUCCAGACCAAGCACUUCCUGAACCACAAUCUUGUCCAGCAACACUGAUUGUAAGAAGAGGUCACUGUCUCACUGACUUGAUCAGUGCCUUUAAGGACCCAAACAUUUUUGAAUCUGAGGUGAACAUCAAAAUGCGUUUACCAAAUGGAGAGCUUGAACAGGGGGAAGGAAGUGGUGUUUUGCGAGACUGCCUGACAGAAUUUUGGAUUGAUUUCUAUGACAGCUGCACACUGGGAGUUGAGGUGAAAGUCCCCUUCAUCAGGCAUGACUUUCAGUGUGAAGAAUGGCAGGCUGUAGCUAGAGUGUUUGUAAUAGGGUGGAAACAAGCUGGUUACUUCCCAGUGAAGCUUGCAAUACCAUUUCUGGAAGAGGUGCUGUAUGGCUCGACAACCAGUAGUUUCAAGGAUUCAUUUUUGCUGUAUGUAUCACAAGAGGAAAGAUCUGUCCUCCUGAAGGCUUUGGAGGACUUUAAUUCAGUGGACACAGAUGAAUUGCUGGAUGUACUUGAUGCACAUGAAUGCAAGCAAGUCCCUACCAAGGACACACUGCUCCCUGUUUUGGCACAGAUUGGACACAAAGUAAUCGUUCAGGCCCCAAUGUUUGUAAUUAAGUGCUGGCGUCCUGUUGUGGGUUCUGUAGCUGGUUUACUACCACCAGAAGGACUGCAUAAUUUCAUUGCACAAAAAAAGCCAACUGCAAAAACA